AUGGAGGAGCAAAAUGGUAAUAAUCUAAAAGUCGAGGAGGUGAGGAUCUUCGAGGAUUUCCUGGUGGCGGUAAAGGAUGGCUUCGAAGCGGAUCUUGAAAGAACUCAAGGAUCUUCAGAAAGAUCCUCCUACCUCUUGCAGCGCAGAAUCUGCAGACUUUAUGAACAUCUGUUGGUGGUGAUUGUAACUUGCCCAGUAGCAGAAGAUAUGUUUCACUGGCAAGCUACAAUUAUGGGUCCUCCUGAUAGUCCUUAUGCUGGUGGAGUGUUUCUAGUUACCAUUCAUUUCCCUCCAGAUUAUCCAUUUAAGCCACCAAAGGUAGCUUUCAGGACAAAGGUUUUCCAUCCUAAUAUCAACAGCAAUGGCAGCAUUUGCCUUGAUAUCUUGAAGGAACAAUGGAGCCCUGCUCUUACCAUUUCCAAGGUGUUGUUGUCGAUUUGCUCUCUGUUGACUGACCCAAACCCGGAUGACCCUUUGGUCCCUGAGAUUGCACACAUGUACAAGACGGAUAGGAACAAGUAUGAGACAACUGCAAGGAGCUGGACCCAAAAGUAUGCCAUGGGUUAGAUGAUGAUGAUGAUGCUGUGUUUGUGUUUGUUACUGGUAAGGAAGGGCACCUUUUUAUCUUUUUCCUUUUGUGGGUUUUUGCUUAUUUUUAAUUUCAAGAAAAAAAAAUGUGUGGAAUUUUAAUAUGCGUCUAUUGUAAGAUAGACUUAAAAAAAGGGAAAAGGUGAACCCCUUCAGACGCUCUUCCUGUUGCUUUUAAUUUUGUAUGGAAAAAUAUUUGCCUUUCCAAACUAUAUCUAAUUCUUCUUCUUCUUCUUCUUAACCCUUUGCUUUUUAUUUCAAGAUUUUCAAGUUUGCUGCUUUUAUUUCUCGCAGUUGUGAUUGGCUAUAUAGUAUAAAAAAUCCCAGUUGUUCAAAGUGGGAAAGAUUUGGACUGCUUUGAUUUUAAGCUGCUUAUGGCAGAGGAAUGAUUUUGGUAUUGAUUAAUGUUUAAAAAUGGUUGAUAAAAUUAAAAUAUCACAAAAAGGCAAAAUAAUCAUAUUUUACCAUUGAUUAAGAGGGGCUCUAAUGGUGUUGAACAAAAUAACC